AUGGACGAAGGUCUUCCAGUGACAGACAAGGCCAAAAAGGAACAAGAUCAUAUUCUCAACCGAUUGGAGAUACGCUUUAGCUGGUCUAAUCGUCCGCAUCUUGAAGAAACAUUCAUACGUAUCUUUAGUACUCUUUACUUCUACUUUACUUUCACCAAACCCCUCAUUCUUCAUCCAUCACAUAACCAGGAGUACCACUCUCGAGUCACAAAAUGCAUAUCCUCCCUCUCCUCUACACCCUCUUCCCCUUCCUAUUCUUCACAUCCGCCACCACUCUCUCAACCACCGAAAGCGAAAGCCCCCUCCAAACAAUCACACAAAGCACCACCCCCAACACCAACCCCGCAUCAUCACCCCCUUCCCCCUCCCUCUCCCUCUCCCAAACCCCCAUCUCAAGCACCCCCCUCUCCUCAGGAACCUACCUCCCCCCCACGCGCCUCACCUCCCAAACCAAAUCCACCCUCUCCCCCAACUCCACCGCAUCGCUCAUCCUCACCCCAACAUCCUCCUCCUCCAACGCCUUCGAAUCCGAAUGGAACAAAGUAA